GCCCUGCACGCGCCAGGAGCCCGCGCCGCCGGCGCCGGCGAGGGCGGCGACGCGCUCGAUUUGGUCCAGGGCCUGCGCUCCAGGCUGAGAUCCGCGGCCGACGCGGCGAGGGAGCGCUCCGCCGCCGAGGCGGGCGUGGAUGCCGCGUCGCGCGCCAGCCGGCUGCAGAGCUUGCUGGACCCCAUUCGCAGCGAGGCCCGCUGGCCCACGCCACACGCCCGCAGCGCGCAGCAGAAGGCCAGCUCCGAGAUCGACGUCUGCCUCGCGGAGCUGCGCGCCGCGUCCAACGACGCGCGGCGGCUGCGCGGCGGCGAGGAGAAGCGCGCCGCGCUCGAGCUCCGGAAGGCGGCGGAGGACCGCCGCGCGCGUCCGCAGCGCAGGUGGCAGAGGCUGCGAUGCCUCCCGAGUCCUCGGAAGAGGAGCACACCUGGACAGCCGUCGCGGCGUUCCACGCGCUCCCGCUGACGGCGAAGCUGCGGCUGCUGGCGGACGAGCGGGCGGGGCUGCUGCUGCUCUUGGCGGCCCUGGCGGCGGGCGCGUGCUCGAUGUCGGCGGCGCUGCUGGAGGUGUUUACUGCCUGGCGCUGCGGCAUGCAGUGUGAGCGGUGA